GGAAAACCCUGUGUGCAGCAGUAGCCAUUAUGCACAAACCACUUCCUCUCUGUGCUUGCUUUGCCUUGUGGCAGUCCCUGAAGGAAGAGAGAAUUUUCUUCUCUGGGAAAAUGUAACACACAGGCUAGCAAAAGCACUUCAUUACAGACUCCCUCUUCCCUUUGCAAAAUAUGGACUGCAGUGAUAUCGGCCAAAUGGCAUGCAUCCCAAGAAAGAGCUCAUCCAGCAUGAAACCCUGUCAGCAACACCAGUCUCCAGGCCCUUAUCUUGCUGUGGAAGCGUUUUCUCCCUUAAAUAAGCCUCGUGAUGAAUGAGGAGGUGAAACAGCACCUCUGAUCACACACAUCUCUGCAGGGAUCUGCCGCCCUUCCGCAGGAAUGCCCAGCAGAGGGAGCCGCGUCCCAUCGUGUCGCUGUCCUGGAGGAAUGUUAUUUUGCUCUGACAGCCUGUCAUUUCUAUUUAGGAGAUGAGAGAUUAGAGGCACAGAACUGCCAAAUUCCCAUUUGGUAGACACAUCUUUUUCCACAUUGAAUAAUUCCUGGUUGUAUUCUUUGCCACUUUAACAGAGUUGUGAGUGCAUUUAAAACCUGCAUAAGGGCAGGGGAGAUCCCACUUCAACACUACCAGCAACUGCCAGUAACACUGCCUGUGACAAAAGAGUUUGUUUCUGCUUUUAAUUCCUAGUUUCAGGUAUUGUAAGAGUUAAUACCCAGCAGAGCUUGGCUGUCAUGGCUUGACUCACACAUAAAACUUUGACCUAAUGUCACACUGCCCACUGCAGCCAAGGAAAGUCAUCCACUGCCACACAUGCAGUAGUUGCAGAUUUUCUUGGUUCACAGAUAUAUGUCCCUCUGCCUUUGGAGCGAUGAUGUGUGAAGGUGGACAUCCAAAGGGUUUGAGAAAGACAACAGACCAUUCCACAUUGGGAUCUCCAGCAGCACAUCUAUGGACUGAUGCCCAGUGAGGUGCUGUUUGCUCAAAAACGAACAAAAAGGCGAUGUGACUUGCCUGAACUUCAGUAAUGGCACCAAGCUCUAGUGAGGAGCAGCAGUAUUUAAGGAGGUAACACACACUUCAAAUGUUGCCUGUUGCUCAGUAGUGCUGCUCUUUCCUGUGUAUCUUGUGUUGUGGGGAAGAUCGGAGACAGCUGUGGGAUGGAAGCUGUGUUAGGUCUGGAUGAAGUCACAGUAGGUAUGUGGCAGAAUUGGUGGGAAUUCAGUGCUAUUCAGGGCUUUAUUUCAGUGUUAGUCUGUGAGAGCAUCCUGCAGUGUGAGCAGUCUGGGAAGAAAAGUUCAAAUGUACUUGGCAGUGUUAGGAUCACAGUUGGACUCAAUGAUCUUAAAUGCCUUUUCCAACCUAAAUGUCUAUGAUUCUAUGAUAACUUCCCUUAGGUAUUCCUGUCUGUGCUGGGUGGGUGCGGGGGGAAGGUGCCUUCCAAGGAAAAUGAAAUGUUAAAGCAAACAUGGUGCCCUUUUGCCAUUGCUGGCUAUUAGCAGCAUUGGACCAUUCCCCUCAGCCAUCUUCACCAGAAGUCCUUGGAGCGGAGCAGAGACAGCACUACUUUCUCUCUCCUAGACACAGGAAGUGCAGAGCAGGGACAACAGGUGGGACAGGGCAUGGAGGUGGGAGAGGUAGGAGACAGGAACACUUCAAAGACGUGGAGGAAGUUGCAGAUCUCUUCCACUGAAGAAUGUAAGUGCUAAAAAUGAAAACCUUCUGAUCAUAUAGAAGAUAAGGCUGACAUUUCCGUUCUGUAGGUGUUAAGUGCAGAGGCUGAACUCACUGGCUUGGGGUUUCACGCAUCUUUAAUGUAGUACAGGUCAUACAGAGGAAAAGCUGUUUUAGGACUGUGCACUGCCACAGUGAGGACCUUGCCUGUGACUUGGCAUUGCAGCAUAAGCUGAGACACAGUGUUGGAUUAUGGAGCAGAAUUUGACAUACCUGCUGGGCAGUGGUGGCUCUGAGGACAUGUUGGUGAGUUACACAUCACCAACACCUAACUCCUCUGCAGCCUAUGAAUAUGCCUUCGACUACUCAGAACUACACAUCAUCUGUCAUCCUGAAAGUGUUCCAGCAUUUGCACCUACCUUAUUUCCAGUGCUGUACUCCCUACUGUUUGUGACAGGCUUGAUGGGAAAUGCUUUGGUUGUUUGGAUUCUGACAGUCUGCAUGAAAAUCAAGACCAUGACUGACGUGUAUCUGCUGAAUCUGACAGUCUCCGACCUCCUCUUGGUAUUCUCCCUGCCUUUCUUGGUUCAGUACUCCAUCAUGAGCCAGUGGAUUUUUGGAAGUGCACUGUGUAAAAUCAUCAGCUCAAUUUACUUCAUUGGUUUCUACAGCAAUGUCUUCUUCAUAACCAUCAUGAGCAUCGACAGGUACUUGGCCAUAGUCCACUCUCUCCAUGUUCAAGGGAUUCGGACAACUGCCCUUGGAGUUAUCACCAGUCUGGCCGUUUGGGCAGUUGCCAUUUUAGCAUCAAUGACAGACUUAAUAUUUUUCAAGGAAGUGAAUGACAAUAACCAGAUUAAGUGCCUCCGUCACUACCCUGAUGGCAACUAUGCCUGGAAGACUUUCAGUAAUUUUGAAGUCAACAUCCUGGGGUGGCUAAUCCCUGUUGGUGUCCUCAUUUUCUGCUACCACAGCAUCUUGAAAUACCUGCAGAAGUGCCAUACCAAGAGCAAGUACAAAGCAAUAAAACUGGUUUUUAUUGUUGUCAUUGUGUUCUUCCUCUCCUGGACCCCCGUCAACAUUGUGCUUUUUUUGGACUCUCUGAGGAACAUGUCCAUCAUCAACGACUGCCAGACAGGCCAAAGGCUAGACCUAGCCAUGGAGCUGACUGAGGCACUCUCCUUGGUCCAUUGCUGCCUCAACCCAGUCAUCUACGCUUUUGUGGGUGAGAAGUUCAAGAAGCAUCUCCGUGAAGCUUUCAAGAAAUCUGCAUGUUUUCUGUCGAACUGCAAAGACUACAGGGCUUUCAGUGGGCACAGCCUGGACAGGCACUCCUCUCUGCACACAAAGUCCUCACAGUUGUCUUCUGUUGGUACUGUCUUGUAGAACUACAAGUCCAAAACUAUCCUCCUGGACAGGUGACCUAAAGUUGAGAAAUCCUCAUCUGGGCAUCCACAGCCAUGGACUGUUUGAACAACAUUUUUGGACAUGAAAAGUGGAAGCAGCUGCUUGAUUUUGCUUUUAUCAUGGUUGCUUUUGGUGUACUCACUAUUUAGAGUCUUUUGUUAGCAUCAUCCUCCCUUUCCCUCAGCACAUCCUGCCUUGCUUGCUUUGUGAAAUUACCAGCAGACUCCCACACUGCCUGAGCAGCAUGGAGAGGUACCUUAGAAACAUACCUUCCCCCCUUCAGACCCAGUACUGAAAAGAACCGUUUAUGUUUCCAAACCCUGGACACUUGGCCACUCCUUCCCUCACCUCAGCAGAGUGUGUUGGCUUUGUGAGCAGGGAUAGGACUCGCUGUAGGAGUGGCAACCUGCACUUUGGAGGGAAAUGGUGCCCAAGUUUAAGAUGUCAUACCAGGGCCUGGCUCCCAGUUGACAGAUCUGAACAACACUUCCAGUCCCAAAAGUGCUUAGUGAGUGAGUAAUUGGAUAAGUAACCAAGAAAUAAGUGCUGUCCAUGUGUUUUGGUGAAAGCAACGUGGAUUAAUAUCUAGGUAUGAUCCUGAUUCCCUGUCUGCUACCAGGGCCUGCAGCUUCUUGGCUGGAAGGGUUUGAAGCUGUAGCUUAGAAAUGAUGCUGUGGGUGUCAAGGAAAAACACCUGCAGGAAUGAAUGAGUGCUGUAGGAAUGGAUGGAGAAAUUGUUACCAGGAAAAAGGCUGAAGAGUGGAAAAAACAGUGGGUGUGAGCUGUCACACGUCCCCAUGAGGGGACUUUUUGAACAUUUUUGAACUUUUUGAACUGGCAACUGGUGUGCCAGUGUGGUCACUGCUCUUGAGCAGGUGACUGGGGUUGACAUUACAGUUAUUGUUCCAACUUGGAAUGACUGAUUUUAUAUAUGUGAAUGGCUACCCAUUCGUAUAGAUAUAUCUCUAUAUAUUAUAUAUAGAGAGGUAUGUACAUAUACAGGCAUAUCUAUACUUGCAUAUGUGUGUAUGUAUACACAAAUACACACACAUAUACCCAUAUAUAUACAUAUAUACACUUUUAUGUGUACAAAUGUUGUUAGAUAAAUGCAAUGAAGCUUUUCGUUCUGUUCUAUCUGUCCCUACAAGAUAUCAUCGUAUUUUAAGUUUUAUAAUAAAGAUACUGUGUGCAGUGUAAUUGCACAAUCUUUACACUUGA